CCUUAUCUUUCUCCUUCUUCCCCCCAACAACACCAACACUCACACACAAAAAAAAAAUGUCAUCCAAAAAACCAGACCAAGAUGACUCUUCUUCUGAUACCGAAGAACCAUACCCGGAUACCAAAAAACCCGAAGUCACAACAAUCCGACCCAACAACUCAAUUAUCAACAACAAAAACAAAAAAAUCGAUGCUGAUGACGACGAUACUACCCCAGAAGGAUAUUUCAAAAAAGUAAGUCAAAUUCUUGAAUCAGAAGAAUUCAAGAAACUUGAAGAAUCACAAGAAGUGAAUGACGUGGACAAUAUUGGUGACCUGUAUGAUUUUCCAGAAGACCCGGAGAACUGGAAAGAAGAAGACUUGAAAGAGCUGUGGGCGGAUGCUCCGCCUUUUAUGACCAAACCCGGGUUUGACCCGAGUUUUGUGGAUAAAGAUGAACUUGAUAUAAUUAAUGAGGAGAUUAGAGAAGGAAGGGAUCCGCCAAUUGCCCCGUUUUAUGUACCGUAUAGGAAACAUUACCCGGUAAUACCACAUAAUCAUUAUGAUAUUAGAAAUGCUAAAUCUGUUAUCGAAGAACUCGAUCGAAUUGAAGAGACUUUGCAAUGGCAUAGCUUUGUUUUUGCUGAUGGUAGCACGUAUGAAGGUACCGUGUGGGAUGAUUUGGCUCAUGGGAAAGGUGUUUAUGAAGCUGAACAAGGGCUUGUCAGAUAUGAAGGUGAAUGGUUACAAAAUAAUCCCGAGGGCCAUGGGGUUCUUGAAGUUGACAUACCUACUUAUGAGCCCAUCCCAGGUUCAGAGCUUGAAGCUGAAAUGCGAGCUAAAGGACAUAUAUUUAAAAGAGAUUUUAUGUCGCCAGAAGAUAAGGAAUGGCUUGAGAAAGAUAUUGAAGAUUGUGUGAAAUUCUCACGGGGCAGAUAUGAAAUCCCGUUCUAUGAAAAUGAGGAAUGGGUCAGACAAUUUGGAGAGAAACCGGAGAAAGGUCGAUACCGUUAUGCUGGUCAAUGGAAGCAUGGCAGAAUGCAUGGUUGUGGUGUUUUUGAACUCAAUGAACGUACCACUUAUGGAAGAUUUUACUUUGGACAGUUUUUGGAGGAAGAUCAUGGUUGUGAUGUUGAUACCUCAGCGUUGCAUUCAGGUAUAGCAGAUGUGGCUGCAGCAAAGGCUCGAAUGUUUGUUAACAAGCCUGAUGGGAUGGUCCGAGAAGAACGUGGUCCAUAUAAUGAUCCUCAGCAUCCCUAUUUAUAUGAAGGAGAAGAUGUGUGGAUGGCUCCAGGCUUCAUUAACCAGUUUUGUGAAGUCCCUGAUUACUGGAAAGCUUAUAUGGAAGAUGUGGAUGAAGAACGACAGAUGUGGCUCAACUCGUUCUAUAAAGCCCCACUAAGGCUACCCAUGCCAGCUGAGCUUGAGCAUUGGUGGGAAAAAGACGAGUCUCCCGAGUUUAUUCUCCUUAACAAGGAGCCAGAGCCCGAUCCUGAAGAUCCAUCAAAGAUGGUAUACACUGAAGAUCCUGUUAUCUUGCACACACCAACCGGGCGUAUAAUCAACUAUGUAGAUGAUGAAGAACAUGGGAUCCGUUUGUUCUGGCAACCACCUUUGAAGGACGGGGAAGAUGUUGAUGCAAGCAAGGUUACCUUUUUACCCCUUGGAGAUGAAGAACUAUUUGAACGCGAUGAUCGUAAUGUUUUAGAGCGUACAGUGACAUCAUUACAAGAUAAAUGCAAGCUCAUGCUUGAAAAUCUGGAGAAAUGGAGGGAAGAGAAGAAGAAAGAGAGUGAAGUGAAGUUGAAAUUAAUAGAAACAGAAAUUGAAAUAGUUGAGGCUGAGUCUGAAUUGAAGGAGAUUAUUAAAGAAAUGGAUGAUGAAUUGAAAAAAUUGGAAAAAGAAGAGGAAAAGAAAAUGGAGAUGGGUCUGGAAGACGAAGAUGAAGACGAGCCAGUUGAGAAAUCUGAGGAAGUCCCUCAUGUUGAGAUUAAAGUCGAUGAGGUUAAAAAUGAUGGUGAUGGUGAUGAUGCUGAUGAUGAAGAUGAAGACGAAGAAGAAGACGAAGAAGAUGAUGAUGAUGAAAAUACACCACCUAGUUUUGGGUCUGUUAUUAAAGAUCAAGACUCGACAAAAAAUGAUCAAAAAGGCAAAAAUGGUGGAAGAUCCUCACCGUUUGCUUCAUCUUCUUUGCAGUUUUCUUCUGUGGGGCUGGUUUCUAUGGUUCCAUCUCAGCUACAGCAGUUACUUGGGGCAUGGAAGGCGUCAAGAUUACAUACAAAAACUUCUCUACCUUGUUCUUCUCAGGUCAUGAGAGAUCAAUUGACCCGAAAGUGUUCAAUCAGUUUUGAACGAACGUUUGACCAAGGUUUGACAAUGAGGGCACAUCAUCAAACCAACAAGCUCAUCACAAAGUCAACUCAUGGUAACCGUCUUAAGCACAAAGCUUCUGCACAUCUUCAAAGUAACACGGGUGAACCAAAUAGACACAGCUUGACUUGGCCAUGCAUACGUCCUGAUGAAGAGCUAAGCAUUUUGUCUUUACACAUUCCCAUUUAGAUUGUUGUUUACAGAAUCACCCCCGGUGCCGUAUUUGACACUGGUUUUCCUUUUUUUAGUAUCUUCCAAUUUUGUAAUUUAAUUAAUACCUUGAUUGUGGCAGACAUAGUCAUGACAUUUUUGUCUACCUAAGUUGUAUCAAUCUGUUUAAACCACCCUUUGGUGAAAACUGAAACAGAAAUGUUCACGGAAGAGUAUUUUGAGAUAAUGCAAUGGCCAAUGGAGAAUUGGAGAUGGGUUAUGGAA